CGAAUAUCCCACCUUGUGUUCGAGUGAGUUACAGAAUCGGAGUCGAGACAUCCUGACACACGAACCCCAACAUUACGAUAUCAAGGGCUCUCAAGAAGCCCUGACCUUUAUCCCAGCCGAUUCGUCAUUCCUCACCACACAACACUACGUGUAUAUCCGCAGGAUGGCCUCCCAACUACUACCCCUCGAGCUCAUCGACAAAUGUGUCGGCUCAAGAAUCUGGGUCAUUAUGAAGGGCGAUAAGGAGUUCAGUGGCACCCUCAUGGGCUUCGACGACUACGUCAACAUGGUGUUGGAAGACGUAACAGAGUUCGACUACUCAGGGAAUCACACAAAAUUGCCCAAGAUUCUUUUGAACGGAAACAACAUAUGCAUGCUGAUCCCAGGCGGUGAAGGGCCGGAGGGUGCGUAGAGAUAGGAAAAGUUGUUCAUAUGCGAGAUGCGAUCGGUCAAUGAAAAAAAGAUCAGAUGCGAGGAUGGCCCAUGUCCAUUUGCACCCCCUUGACGCGGUAAGACUCGCGUAGUCUGUGACCCUGGCCAUCUAAGGAGACCACGACACCCAACUCCAAGAAAACAAAAUCCCCAAACUCCGACGUGUGAUAG